AUGACACAGGCCGUCAAGCGGGCCUGCGACGCCUGCCAUCGCCGCAAGGUCAAAUGCGACGGUGUCAACCCUUGCCGCAAUUGCCACACUGCCCAGCUGUCCUGCACCUACAAUGCCAUCCCACAGAAAAAGGGCCCAAAGGGCUCCCGUGCAAAGGUCAUUAGCGAAUUGAGGGAAACACAGCGGCAGACCAGUUUGUCGGCAAAGGUCCAGAAUCGCAUGAACGGCAUUCCGAACCCUCCAGGCCCCGUCAGCCUGGCUCCAACCCUCGGUCUGCUCUCGAGCGAACUCGUCAAAGAAUGCAUCGAUUUUUACUUUGCCAACCUUUACGAAAAGAUGCCCAUCCUUGACCGACGCCAGAUCGACCAGCAACUCCCAUUCAUGGAGCAGAACCGCGACACAUACUGCCUACUCACCUCGCUCUGCGCAUUCAUGAUGCUUCAGCCCGGAAUGUCAAUGCCCACAGGCGACCCCUUCAAUCUCGAUGUGAUGCCUGGUGCCACCAUCGUUGCAAGCCAAUUGCUUUUGGAGGAGACCCUGCAGGUGCGCAAGGGAUACGAUUAUCUCGAUAACAUCAGCUUCAACACCCUUGCUACAAACUUCUUCGUCUAUGGCUGCUACCACGGGAUCGAAUUGCACGACAAGGCUUGGUUCUAUCUCCGAGAGGCUUCUACCAUGAUGCACCUGAAUGGCAUGAUCAAAGAGGAGACGUACCAUGGCCCUCAAUGGGAUAACGCCGAAUCGUCUCGGAGAAGGCGGCUUUUCUGGUUGUUUUACAUCAUGGAAAGAUCUCACGCCAUCCAACGCCAACGACCUCUGACUUUGCAAGCCACCAUAAAUCCGCCCAACUCCGCCGAUGACCCGAGCGACCCACUUAGCCACCAGCUGAACAGCUUCAUCAUGCUGGUGAACCUCUUCCGGCCCUUCGACGACGCAUUUACAGCCAUCUGGAAUAAGACUCGUACCAACCUCUAUGUGUCUAACCUUCAGAAGCAAUUGAACGAGGUCCUCCCCACCUACCUCUGCCAAGAUGGCCAGCUAUCCGACCUCCGCACCAACCAGCAAUGGCUCAAGACUACUGUCUGGCAGUUGACCCAUGGAAACUCGCAGAACGAGGACAACAUGAACUUCAACUACCCAGUCGAUCUGUCCCGCGAGCUUUUGAUGACCCUCGCCUCUCACUUCCCUGGUCAAGGCAUGGAGUUGAUGAGCUCAGGCUUGAUUGAAAAGCUUUUCGAGAUUAGCUGUAAUAUGACCGACUUCCUCGCUGUUCAGCCCGCCGCCCGGGACCCUUUCACUGUCGGCCCCAGGGAGCAGCUCAACCAGACCCUCAACAUCGUUGCCGUCCUCCGCCACGGCGACCAUCGCUUCCUGCCGCUGUUGUUGAACAAGGUCGCCGACAUCAUGCCACGCCUGACCAACCCCAUGCUGCAGAACGCGCCCGAAAAUUCCAACAUCAGCAACAUUGAUAUCUUUGAUGGCUUCGGCAAUGCAGGCAUGGCACAGCCGCCCUCCCAGAUGCAGAUGCAGAUGGAUACCGACUAUGAACGGAAAUUUCCCGUCGCGGAUUACGAAAAGAAGUAUGGUGUAUCCGACCUGAACAGCAACGGCAGCGAGACCAAUACCAUACCUGCCACGUCUGCCGGUGCAUCUUCCAUUCCUCCAGCGACUACUGCGGACAUGAACUCGCCCUACGCUAGUAGUUCUCCCGCCAUUAUGUCUCCACCUAUGGAGUAUCCCCACAACGGAAUGAACGACUACGGGUGUACGCCGAUGUCCGACAUGGUUAUGAGCCCGACCGGCCAAAACGGAUCGGCAAUGAAUGGUCAAAGCAACAUGAAUAGCCAGCAUCAACACCAGCAGUCGCACCAUAUGAUUCAGAAUCAUGGUCUGACGGCACAGCAAAUGCAGCCAAACAUGAGUCAGCACCAUACCCACAACAUUCAGCAAGGGCAAAACAUGGGUAAUAUCAGCCCACCAUCAGUCCAGGCGCAGCAGACAAUGCCUACGUCCCAUCCUAUGGGUCCGGGUGGAAACAGUUUGAUGAACUCCAUACCGCGUCAGCAACCUCCGCGUACUAGCAGCUAUGCUAUUCAGCAACAACCGAUACCACGCACCGUAGGGGACUUCCAUGCACUUCAGCGAGCCAACUCGGAUAUGCCCGGUCUAUCCAGCAUAAGUACAGAGAUGGACUUCAACUCUUUGCGGUGA